UAUUAUUCUCUGACCAUGUUCAUGUAUCGGUCACUCUUGGAUACCUCUAUAACAUAUCGUUUGGUCAAGGUGUUACCUUGGUCAAGUGUCCAUUGAUACGAAGGCAAACAAUCAUUCCAAACAUCAUCAUCUGGAUACAAUACCCUCCUCGUAGCUCAUUCACGUACAGUACCAGUUGGAAGUAUACGUUGAUUAUCAUCUACUUUUAAUCUAAAUCAUUAUACCAGGACUACGGUUAAGGAGAUAAAUCCGUAACAAAAAAAGAAGAAGAAGAAGAGGAAAAAGAAGAAGAAGCAAACUGAAGACACAAUCUCAAGGGAACAAUAUAUUUUGGAUAUUGAAAGGAGAAGAUAGAGCAACAUGGGGUGUGGAAGCAGUCAAAGUGAAGUCAUUUCCGAAAACUCAAACGGAACCGCGUACCACCCUGCAAAGAAAGACGCGAAGACCAAGGACAAGGCUGAUGAUAAGGAAAGAGCUUCAUCGUCAGACCCGAAAGAGAUCAAGAGAAAACAAAAGUCAACCAAGAAGAAGCAGAAAGAGGUAAAGAAACUUGAAUUCGAAACCAAAUCAGCUCUUCCGCCCAUAAAAACCAAAAGACCUCCACCGCCGCAACGUGAAACUAAAGUAGAUGAAACAACUCAAGAGGAAAAGAACGAAGAAAAGGCACCUGAACGGACAUCCGAAAAAUACCCCUCUGGGGAAAUAAAAUCGGAGGCGACAUCGACAGAAACAAAAGCCUCAAAAGAAGUGGCUCCGACGGAUAAAGAUGCAAAGGAGAGUGAAGACAACGAGAAAACAGUACAGUCAUCAGCUGAAGAAACGACCGUAACAACAAGAGAUACACCAGCUGCUUCUGAAGAGAAACCUGCAACCACAGAAGAGCCAGUAGUCUCCACAGAGACAUCAGUCAUUACUGAGGAGAAAUCACCAUCCGUUGGUGAAAAACCGGCAUCAGUCGAUGAGAAGCCAGAAGCUGCCGAAGAAAAACCAGAAGCCACUGACGACACACCAGAAGCCACUGAUGACAAGAAGGAAGUCAUGGACGAGAAACCAGAAACUACGGAUGUGAAACCAGGCGCUGAAGAGCCGAAAGCAGUCAGUGACGAUAAUCCAUUAUCAGCCGAAGAGAAACCCGGCUCAGGGGCAACUGGGGAAAAAGAGCAAGCUGCAGCAGACAAGACAGCAACCACAGAGAAGGAAGAAUCUACCAAUGAGACACAGGCAACGAAUGAAGAGAAACAAACGGCCACAGAAGAAAAGCCAGUAGCCGAGGAAGAGAAACAAAAUGUUACUGAUGACAAGCCAGAGUUCACCGAAGAGACGCCAUCAUCCAAUGAAGAAAAGUCUCUAGAAGCUGACGAGAAACCAGCAGCUGUGGAUGAAAAACCAGCAACCACCGAUGAUAAACCAGCAGAUGCUGAAGAGACACAAACGUCAGAUGAACCGACACCUGCUGUCAAAGAAGACGCACCUUCAGGGGUUGAGGAAACGUCACCUGCGGGUGGAGAUGAAACAGAUGGUGCUAAAGAAGCACCUUCCACUACCGAAGAUGCUCCUUGUGCUGGAGGAGAGAUACCAUCAGCUGCUGAAGAUAGAGCGGAUGCUGAUUCAUCAACGAUAGCUGAAGAGAAACUGACAGGCUGUGAUGAUAAACCAGUAACCAACAAAGAAACGCCAGCAUCUGCCGAAGAUGUACCACAAUCUAGUGAAGACAAACAGGAAACCACUGAAAGUACACCUGCUACCACUGAUGAUAAACCAACAACCGAUGGUAAUCCAGAAACUACCAAAGCUAAACAAGAAACUGCUGAAGCUAAACCAGAAAAUACAGAAGCUAAGCCAGAAGCUACUGAAGAAAAAACAGAAACAAUUGAAGAUAAACCAGAAUCUGCUGAGGCUAAACCAGCAGACAGUGACGACAAACAAGAAUCUAACGAAGAUAAACCGGAAACUACCGAAGACAAAUCUGAAAAUACCGAGGACAAGUCAGCAGCUUCUGAUGAUAAACCAGAAACCACCGAAGGAAAAAUAGAAACUACCGAGGACAAACCGGAAACUACCGAAGACAAACCUUCAGCCUCCGAUGAUAAACCAGAAACCACCGAAGAUAAACCGGCAGCUACAGAAGAAACUUCCGCAACCAAAGAAGAAUCACCAUGCGCCACAGAGGUUUCAAAGCCUGAAGAAAAUCCCGUAACAGAAGACGCAGCUAACACUGAAGAAGUAGCUGCUUCUGAAGAUGCCCUCAAGUCAACAGAAACACCUGCACCCGAGAAUACACCUUCCGCCAUGGAGACACCAGCACCCGAGAAUACACCUUCCGCCACAGAAACACCAGCACCCGAGAAUACACCUUCCGCCACAGAAACACCAGCACCCGAGAAUACAACUUCCGCCACAGAAACACCUGCAUCCGAGAAUACACCUUCCGCUACAGAAACACUAACUACAGAGGAAUCAAAACCUUCAACAGACGAGAUUAACCAUACAUAGGUUUAUAAAGUUGGCAAGAUAAUAACUUUUACCGAGCAAUAUAUCAUUCCAUAUUUCACAAGAUUUAACAUGAUCUUCCUACAGAUCUAAGAGUCAUGAGGAACGACACAGCUUUGCAUCGUGAUGAUUGCAUGGCACCCUUUUAAUUUAUGAUUCGACCAUGUAACGUGAUGAAAGUUAUAGUGACUGUUCGGAUAAAUGAGACCUGUCUUGUCGGAAACACAACUGAUGUGAAUUGAUUGUCUUGAAUGCAAGACUUUAACAUUUGACGACCAUGAAACAAACUGUUCUUUUUUAAUGUUUACGUCAGGCGGUGUCAGACGGGGGGGGGGGGGGUCAAUAUGUCAAAGUUUCAGCUGCGUGUCGUUUGUAAGCUUUAACCCGUUGUUAAGUGAAACCGAUUAGCACAUUAUUCAUGUAUAAAUAUAAACUGAAAGGCCCGUAUUCUAAAGUCAGGUUUAAUUUAAACUCUAGUUUUAAGUUGUGGUUUAACUAUGGAAAGCCAGUUGUAACAUAAAUCGGUAACAGUAGAGGUUAAGAUGUAUCAGCUCAUUGACUCUCAAAUCAUUCUUAACUGUCUGGGAAAGAUUAAUAAGAGCACAUUAAACAUAAGAAGCAUACAAUGUAAACAUAAUUUUGACAUGAUUGACUUCUCAUAAUUUUAGCACAGAGUUAGACCAUGGACUAGGUUAAACCUGACUAUAAGAUAUCAAAUUGUUGUGUAUAAUUUGACCAAUGAGGAUUUUUUGUUGGUUUUUUUUUUUUUUUUUUUGGGGGGGGGUUCGUUACGGAUGGAGGUCAAAUUUUGAAAAUUUCUUUCAAUAAAAAAACAUAUAUGUUUAAAAAAAUUAUUCAAACGGAGCUUAUCUUGAAAAGAAACAUUACUAAGAAAAAAAGAAAAUGUUAACUCAUGCGUUCUUCAAUUAAUCAUGUAUUAUGGCAAUUUUUCUUUACUUUACCACAUGACCUCUUGAACCAUUGGUAUUUUUUUAAUUUACAUAUAUAUUAAAGAAAACAGGAAUGAUGCGUAACGAAUGAUUUCAGGAACGUAUGGGAUCGGGCAAACAUGUUAUAUAUCAUGUACAUAAAUUCCAUCGAUAUUUAUUGUACAGAAAUGUAUUUAAGGAGUUCAUUUAUGUAUAUAAAAUAAUCAUGAACAAAUUAA